GCCCCCGGAAUAAGGGGCCGGAGCGGAUUCGAGAUCGCUCAGACGCCGCGCUGGGUGGGGAUUGGUCCCCGCGCCCCUGCUUCAACUCCUCGCAGUUCGCCGCCGCCGCUCGCCGCACACCUGUUCGCUCGGCCCAGCCGGCGGCGCGGGGAUUCUGUGCAGUGCUUCCUCCCGCCUGCCGGUCCGCAGGGCGGGGAGGAGGGUUGAGCCGUCCCGCCUCCGGCUCCCAACGGGGACCCAAGUCUCACUACUGAGCCGUCGCAGGGCGAGAUGAGCGCGGACGCGGCGGCCGGGGCGCCUCUGCCCCGGCUCUGCUGUCUGGAGAAGGGCCCGAACGGCUACGGCUUCCACUUGCACGGGGAGAAGGGCAAGGUGGGCCAGUUCAUCAGGCUUGUGGAGCCCGGUUCGCCGGCCGAGAAGGCGGGGCUGCUGGCCGGAGACCGGCUGGUGGAGGUGAACGGCGAGAACGUAGAGAAGGAGACCCACCAACAGGUGGUGAGCCGCAUCCGCGCGGCGCUCAACGCCGUGCGCCUGCUGGUGGUCGACCCCGAGACCGACGAGCGGCUGCAGAAGCUGGGUGUCCAGGUCCGGGAGGAGCUGCUGCACGCCCAGGACGGGCCCGGGCAGGCCGAGCCGCCGGCCGCCACCGAGGCGCAGGGGGCUGGUGGCGAAAAUGAGCCGCAGGCCGCCGCGCCGGAGCCGCACGAGACCGAAAAGAGCUGUCCGGAGCGGCGUGAGCUUCGGCCCCGGCUCUGCACCAUGAAGAAGGGUGCCAAUGGCUACGGCUUCAACUUGCACAGCGACAAGUCCAGGCCAGGCCAGUUCAUCCGGGCAGUGGACCCAGACUCGCCUGCCGAGGCCUCAGGGCUCCGGGCUCAGGACCGCAUUGUGGAGGUGAACGGGGUCUGCGUGGAGGGCAAGCAGCAUGGCGAUGUGGUGUCUGCCAUCAAGGCUGGUGGGGAUGAGACCAAGCUGCUGGUGGUCGACAGGGAGACUGAUGAGUUCUUCAAGAAAUGCAAAGUGAUCCCAUCUCAGGAGCACCUGAAUGGUCCCUUGCCUGAGCCCUUUACCAACGGGGAGAUUCAGAAGGAGAACAGUCGUGAAACUCUGGCCGAGGUGGCCUCCGAGAGCCCCAGAUCAGCCCUGGCAAGAUCCAUCUCCAGUGACACCAGUGAGGAGCUGAAUUCCCAAGACAGCCCCAGGAAACAGGACUCCACGGCACCCUCGUCUACCUCCUCCUCCUCCGACCCCAUCUUGGACUUCAACAUCUCCCUGGCCGUGGCCAAAGAGCGGGCCCACCAGAAGCGCAGCAGCAAGCGGGCCCCGCAGAUGGACUGGAGCAAGAAAAAUGAACUCUUCGGCAACCUCUGAGCAUCCUCCCUCAGGCACCUGGCAGGGCCUGGCCAGCUCCCAGGCCCCAACCCAGCUCCUUCACCCUCCUCCUCACUCACUCCCUGUCUCCGCCCCCACCCCACCCCCAAUCGACACACAAAUCAGCACCAGCAUCCCCCCUCCCCCGCAUCGGGUGAAUCUGAUUUUUUUAGAACUAUGCUCUUCCCUUACCUCCGGGAAGGUGAAUGUGUUUCCAUCCUGCCCCAAUCAGAAAGCAGACUCUUUCCUGAUCCUCCUCACUGAGUGCUUCAGCCCCUUGCCACUCCCCAGGGACAUCACUGCAACCCACACCAAGCAAGACCCGGUGAGAGGUCCUGUUCCCUCGUGACCCCAAGUGAUGACGGAGUCCAGGGUUGAUCAAGGACUUCAUAUGACAGCAACAGCAUUGUGGAAUGGACAUGGGUCCAUCAUCCUUGAGCUGUGGCUUGGGCAUCUUAUUUUUGUUCAUUUGAUUUUUUUUUUUUGAGUGCAGUAUCAGAGUUUAGAGGGAUUUUUUAUUUCCUUGAUUAACAUGAUUUCCCAGGUUGUUGCAUCCAGGACAUAGCGGCAACCUCAGCCUUAAACUUUGUUUCUGCUCCUACCCUGGAGCCCCAGGCAGCAUCAGAGGGUCUAACCCCUGCCCAGCCACCCUAUUGUAAGGAAACUCCAUCAGAAAUUCAACUGGCUUCCAAACUC